AUGGCGUACGACAGAGUGAAUUCACCCUCGCAUCAGAUCAUUCAAGCAGACGAUGACGACCUGGAGGCUCUUUCCUUCUCUCAUCCUUCAGCCGCUCAAGCAUCUUCGUCCUCGGCUGGGGUAGCGGCUGCAGGACCUUCGACAGCACCUGGGUCUGGAUCUCAGCUAAACGGAGGACUCUCCGGAAAGAUUGGAUCUGGGCCAACACCAGGCUCGACAUCUCGGACAGGCUGGGGAGGAGUUACUAUCGAGACGAGGUAUACUGGUGAAUCUACGCUGGAUGAGCCGGUCUCCGCUACGAUUAUGAGAGACCUCAGGUCUAUCUACGCGAAGCUCCUGCAGGUGGUCUACCCUCCGAAAGGUGGAGGAAGUAAUGAGCUGCUCAGAGACUGGGACCUUUGGGGACCUCUGGUCAUCUGUCUGUCUCUCGCCAUCAUUCUUUCCGUCGACGCACCGACAACCCAGGCUAUGCCAGUCUUUUCCCUCGUCAUCUCAUUGAUCACCAUAGGAUCCGUAGUCUUGACCAUCAACUGCAAGCUCUUGGGUGGGAAAGUCUCCUUCUUUCAGAGUCUGUGUGUCCUGGGCUACGCCCUCGCCCCUAUACUCUUGGCCUCCGUUAUCUCUCUACUUGUACACAACCUCUUCGUCCGCAUACCCAUAUCCUUGGCUUGCUGGGCUUGGUCCGUCUGGGCGUCAAUGAACUUUUUCAACGGAACACAAUUACCAGAGACGCGAAUUUGGCUCGCAGUCUACCCUUUGUGUCUCUUCUUCUUCGUUCUCGCAUGGAUGAUUAUGAUACAGUAG